AGUGCUUCAUACAUCUAUCUGGAGUCAGCACGAGUUGCACCACAAUAUUGUUUAAUAAUUGACUGGACAUGUCAUUUUACGUUGUUUUUACGCACCCUUGGCAGGGCUUAGGUGUUAUGGCCCAAGCCACUGGAAAAUGUUUACAUGAAUUGAGUUAUCUGAUGCUUUUUAUAUAAAAUGCACAUAAUUAUACCCUAGAGUUUGAGAGUUUUCCAGGAAAGGCAGAGGAAAAAGUUUGUAUUGUUUCCAAAGCCCGAAGCUUCAGCCCCCACCGGGCCGAGGAAGGAGGCGACCUCCAGCUCAGAGCACCUGUCGAAACUGGGGGCGUGCCUACUGUCACAGCGGGCGUAGCUUCUCCUCACAGGUGCAGGGGGAAGGGCGGCCACUCCAGCGUCGCGCAGCCGGAACAUUCAGCGAUGUUUACUGCUCGCACAGUAAUGCUUUCGUGGGAUAAAGUGCUUCAAAAUUCUGAAGGCGACGGAGACAGAGGGACAUAAAAACUCUAGAAGGAGCAGAACAUCGCGCGUCGCCUGGCUCUUUGCUUGUUGAGCGUGUACAUCAGGACAACCGCUCCUGCGCGGUGCAAAUGUCAGCUCAAGCUCACAGUUGCGCAUCGGAACCAAACCGGAGGCGAUUUACACACAGCCCAGUUAUACUCGUCCCAGUUUGUCGUUUUCACCUUUCGCGUUUUCUCUAGAGUUUUGUCUUUUGGGACAGACUUGUGAGCUUGCCCCCGACCAAAGGAUAAUCGUGCGGAAAUAACGGAAUUGUUUUGGAGGAUUGUACUUCUGAGGCAACAGGACGGGCGGGCACACAGACUGCAUGUCGGGCGAUGGAGAUGCUGACUUCUGGGAAACUUAGCGCCUUGCUGUCAUUGCUGCUGAUUUGGGCUUUUACAGGUGAUUCCCAAAGAGUGGAGAUUCCACGCAAGGACAUGGAGGUGAUCGAGGGACAGACGGUGGUUCUGCAAGCCUGGUACACCCCCACCUCUGAAAUUUCAAAGAACACCGUCAUCUGGAACUUCAUGGCCAACGACUCCACGCAGGUGAUAUCGUACUCCUCGGGCCAGAUCGGGAUCGGCAGCCCCGAGUUCCGGAAGCGCGUGGGCUUCUCGCUCACCAUGCCCUCCACCAACCUAUCCAUCUUCAUCAACCACACGCAGGAGGCCGACUCGGGCCGCUACCUGUGCAACGUCAUCAUCCCCGGGGCGCCGGGCCUGUCCGGGGAGCUCCGCCUCAGCGUUAAGGUGCCGCCGUCGGUCCCCGUGUGCGAGAUGACGGGACAGCCGGUCCUCAGGGGGAACGUCACGCUCAGCUGCCGGUCCAGCGCCGGCAAACCCGUCCCUCAGUACAAGUGGACCAAGAGCGCGCCCCUGUCUGAGGUGUUCUUCUCCCCCAUGCAGAAUGAGAAGCUGGGCACCUUGCGGCUGAGUAACCUCACUAAGAACAUGUCGGGGAAGUACGUGUGCAGGGCCAGCAACACAGCCGGCUCGGAGAGCUGCUUCAUCAACCUGGAAGUCUCUGCGUCGAUCAACGCGGGCGUGAUCGCCGGUGCCACGGUGGGGUCUGUGGUGGGCUUCGUGGCCAUCGUGCUCUUCCUCGUCUUCAUCCUGAGGAGGAAGAAGGACACGGAGGAGGACAUGUCCAACGACAUCAAAGAGGAUGCUCAGGCUCCCAAACGGGUAUCGUGGGCAAAGAGCGGCACGGGCUCCGACAUUGUCUCCAAAAACGGCACGCUGUCAUCCAUCGCCACCAGCCCGCCCCCACAGGAUCUCCAACGACACCAUCACCAGAACCACCAGCAGCACAACCACCACCACAACCACCACCAGCAGCACAACCACCACCACCAUCACCAGCAGCACAACCACAACCACCAGCAGCACAACCACUUCCCCCACCGCCCGGCCUCUGACACCGCCUCCAUCACCACGGCAACCGGGAGCAUGACGGGCUUCCAGGUCCGGCCAGGGGAGCAGAACCCCCUGCAGGGCCUCCCCGGGUACCACGCCCCGGGCUCCACGUCCCGGGGGUCCCUGAGCCCCAGCAGCAGCUCCCUGCACAGAACUGAGGGGCCCCAGGCCCAGCCCCCGGCCCAUCGCCCCGCCCCCGUCCCCGUCGGCGUCACCGCGUCCAAUCUCUCCCGCAUGGGGGCGGUGCCUGUCAUGGUGCCCGCCCAGAACCAGGCGGGCUCUCUGGUGUAGAGCACCGGUAAACCUAUCCGGUAAACUAACUGUACAGAACCAAAACACUGAAGGACAUAACAAAAAAAACAUUUUAAGAAUUUUUCAUGCUUACCGGAAUAUUAAAAAAAAUUAUUAAGUGAAUAAAACCAGAAGUACACUCUUAAAGUUCCAUAAGACUAUAAAGCAAUGUCACAAUUAUGUCAUUUACUUUAUUGAAGAAUAUACAAAAUUAUAUGGUUUGUAUAGUUUGCUUUUUUAAUAUAUUCAAGAUAUACUAAAAUGUAUAAAUAUUUAAUACUGUUCUGCAGUAUCUUUUUACAAAAUGUAUCAUUUUUGUUGUUUUUUUUUUUACAAGCUGAAUUCCAGUGCUGGUUUUAUAAACUACUGGAGUGGCUCAUAUAGGGUUGAGAAAGGAAUGCCGUUUACUGAUCAACACUGCAGCAUACAAUGUCCUCACCUCUGAACCAUCUCAUUCAGAUCAUUUUUUGGUCCUUGUUAAAAUUUGGGUUCGGUCAUUACUAAAAUGAGGAAAAAAUAUAGCGUAAGAAACGGAGAAGCUACCAUUUGUUCAGUUC